AAAUAACUUCAUGCUGGAAGUUCAGAAGCCGAAGUUCAUUGAGGAAAUGCGGGCCAUCAUCGCGACUUCCCAGGAAAUGCUGAGCCACCCAGUGGAGGGUGAGCGGGGCACAGACACAGCUGCCCAUCACCCCCCAGCAGACCUGGGUCAGUCCGACAGCGGGGCGCACGUAGGUGCAGAGCAGUUGCAGAUGAGCCAAGCAGUCUCUCAGACGUGCGGUGAAGGAAUCCAGCAAUCAUCUUCUGUCGGCCGCUGGCGAUUCUUCAUCAACCAGACAAUAAAGAGCCGCGAGGCGGAUGGGCAGGUGGAUAUAGCACAGCAGGGCCCACCGACCCAGACCCAGACCCAGAUGGAGGCGGAAGCGGACAAUCUCAGCCAAGAAACGAUCCAGUUGACAAGCUCCAACUCUCUGGAGGACAUCAAGCAAAUUCCCCUGGACUGUUCGGUGAGCAGUGCAGUCCAUCCGGAACAGUCAGUGACACGGUCCUGUGGCACUUCAUCGUCAUCCUCCUCCUCCUGUGGUGAUGACUGCCCAGCAGCCGACAACAGCACCACCCCGCACCCAGUGCAGAGCCUUGAAUGCCGCCCGUCUGCGCCACCUGGAGGGGACCCUCCCUCCUCCUCCGUGUCGUCUUCGUCGUCCUCCUCCUCCUCAUCCUCAUCCUCUGUGCCCGAACCGGACAGCGAGAGGCCUCCCAAGGUGGGCUUCGCCGACAACCGCAUCAGGACCCUGGACGAGAAGCUGCGCACGCUGCUGUUCCCGGAGCCCGGUGCCUCCGACUCUCCGCGCCCGGCCUGUCCCGGUGAAGCUCCAGACGCCGGACUGCCCCAGGAACAGGAGCCACGCUGCGAACUUCCGGAGCAGGGCUCCCCUCUGUCUGCCAACCGCAACGACCAGGAGGCAGGCAACCCCUCGGCUGGCUGUCCAUCAGUCAGUCUGCCCGAAAAGAAACCCGUGCAGCAGCCCGAGAAGAGCAUCUCUGAGCUGUCAGAACCUGGGACCCAGGCCUGCCAGCCACCCAGCGGAGCGGCGCAGCACCAGAGUGGAGGUGGAUAUCAUGCCAUAUCUUAUUCUAGUCAUAAUGCAGGCUCAAAUGUCAAAAAUGCUAUGGGUGGGAAGUCCUGGGCUAUCAGAAUUAAGAGAUGGGCUGAAAGGUGGCUCCACCCGGUCACCUCCCUGGAGAGCUCGUCAGCCCACAAAGGUACUGUAUACGCAGCAGGCAGGGAGGAGGUGGCUAGCUGCCGAUAGGUACAUGUAGCCUGUUUGUGUGAGAGCCUUCAAGCUGUCUGGCAACUCCAUAACCUCACACCCACUGUGGCAUUCCAGUGCCCCCCUACCCCCCAGUCCCUCACCCACUGCUGCUGCCCGUGUUUGAAUCACCGUCUGUGUGUAA